AUGGGCUGCACACCUUCUCACAGGGAGAUUGCCAAUCAAGGUGGGCUUAAGGCUUUGAAUAAACCCAAAGGUAUUUUGCACAUUGAUCCAGGGGAUAAAGGAAUCCCUCUGCUGGUUAAAGGUUCAGCUUGCUACAAUAUCGAUGAAUUCCACCAAUAUGAGAUACAGAGGAAAGACUGCCUGGGAGAAAAGGAGGAUGAGCUCUCAGACCAAGACAAAAAUGAUAAUUUGGAGUUAUCUUUCAAGACUCAUUCAAAUCCCCAGGUUUCCAGGGAAGACAGGAAAACAGAGAGGACAGCCACAGAUGCUGAAAUCGCUCUGUCCGAACUGAUUGAGUCUCAGAAACACAUCACUGAGGCCAUCGAGAUCAGAAAGCAAAGCUCCUGUGAAUCGGAGGCAUCGCCGUUUGUUGUGGAUGACAAGAAUGAAAGCAAUGCAAAGCAACUCCCAAAGAAAGGAAAGAAGCAAAAGAAUCAAAAGACAGCAAAGCAAGGUCGACCUGGCAAAAUUAAAGACAAGUCCAGUUUGGCCCUGUGUGAGCUAGAGAAAAAGAUUGAUUUCCCAGAACCGCUUGUCAAGGCUCAUCAGAGUGCGUAUGCCUACUUAAAUCCCAACCUCUCCAAGUAUGAAACUAUACUGCACAUGGCCAACCAGGCUACCCAAACCCAGCUCUUCCUGCAGCAGAUGGUAAGCUUUCUCGUGCUCCGCUUCGAUGAAAUCAACCAGCUCUUGGAGGAAAUUGCUGAGGAUGGGGAAAAUCUUCUCAAGGAUGUAGGUGGGAACCUGGCCUGGCCAGCAGAAAAAGGUGAUACGAAGGAGCACCCUGAUCUGCUGCAACAACUACUGCAGUACACGGUGAAUAAAAUGCAGUUACUGAGUGGCACACUGGCCUCCCUCACCUCUGAGGCCCUGCAGGAGACAUGCACCUUCCUGCAGUCUGCUGCAAGCAACUUGGAAGGAAAACUGAAAGCAAAGCAAAGCUUUGAUGAGCGCCUGCUACUGACAGUGAGGCUGCUUGAAGCCUCAGCAAUGGGUUCCUCUCAGUCCCACAGUGAUGACAGGACUCUUUAUUCUGAGGACAGCGGCAUUGGUGUGGACAGUGAAUCCCUCAAAGAGUUCAGCACUCUCAGCCAGCAUGGAGGACAUGCAAGCUUUGAUUCUUGUACCCAUAGACAUCCAUCUCAGAGGCAUGCCAGAGCAGUGGAGCAUGUGCAUGAUGGGGCAGUGCCACCAGGCACAGCUGCAUCCCAUGACUGUGCACUUGAAAGGCAGUUUAAGGAUAUAUUUUAUUCAUGUGUGCACAGCAGGGAAGUGUCUUGCCAAGGUGGAGUACCAGAAGGCAUUUCUACUAUAUCUCAGUAUUCAAGCGUGAGCAAAAGCCAUUUGUGUAACUCCUUCCCAUCUGACUCUACUCAAGAAGGUGAACAUUUUAAAAUCUGUGAAUCCACAGAGUUUCCUGAUGAUGAUGAUGAUGACGAUGAAGGGAGUACCCUGGGGGAGGAUGAUGACAACAUCAGUUUAUCAGACAUGGGGAGGGACGCUUUGCCAAGGAGACCUCUGUCUUCUCCAGCAGUCACUGAUAACCCACAAAGGCAGCCCAUCAAGAGGACAGAGAAUGCAGAGACAGAGGAAAUUAUUCUAAAGAUGAAAGAUGCCAUCAGUGAAAAAAUCAAGUUUGUCCCAGCUAAAUCCAGACGUAAAGAAUGGAUAGAAGAUGAAAGUGGAAGAGCAGUCCUAAAAACAAGGCCCAGCACAGCAACUGGCAGCCAGAAAACCUUCAGAAAACAACAACGGUCCAGGUCAGAGGAGUCUCUCAGAAGCCAAGCAGAGGACCCAACCCUCCUAGAGCUUCAGAGAACUCAAAAAGAGCUCAACAGAAGACUGGAAAUGCUUUAUGGGAAGAAGUGCACAGAUGACAACCCUGAGCUUUGGAAAUCAAGGACAGAACUUUAUUUACAGAAUGAGCAAAUUGUAUCUAGGUCCUCUAGAAAACUGAAGGCAUGCCUCUCAAAAAAUUUCAGCAUCCUGCCUAACCAGGAUAAAGUCCCUUUGUUUAUGAUUGAUCAAAAUUCUGCCCAUCAACCAGAUGAAAAAAGAGACAGGAAGACUUUAAGAGCUACUGUGCCCACCCAGGAGACAUUGGGAAGCAAGGAAAAUGAACCUCCCAGGGUGCGAAUGCUUGGUGGCAGCAGCUGUGCCCCACGACAGUCUGUCAAAAAGCUUAUUGAAACGUUCAGUCCUACUGAUGAGCUUGUAAAAGCUGCACCUCUAAGAUCUUUAGGACCAAUAAAGUGCAUUAGAAAAUUUGGACUUCCAGUUAUCCCACCCACGAUUCCCUUUCAGAGAGGCCUGGCAACUUUAAAUCUUAAGCAUCGUGUUUCACCAGCAGAAGACACAAACCCUUCAAACAGCCAUGGGGUUUCUUCUAGCCUUUCUCCUGUACCAGCUGCAGAAUUAAGCAAGCAGGACACAAAGGAAGAGAGUGAUGAAGACAUUGAGAACCUGCCACCGCCGCCACCUGAAAUGUUAAUGGACAGUUCUCUUGACUUAUCUGAGCCUGAGGAAAUUCCAAGGAUAGAAGGAUGCUCUGCAGAAGAUGCCAAAAAGCCCACCAAAACUGAAUUUCGUGCUACUAAGAGAUCACAAGUCUCUCCAAAAAUGAAAGCCUCCCUUCAGUCCAUUGAUUUAUUGCCAAGUAAAAACACCAGCGGCCCCAGUGCGAUCACUAAUAAUAAAUGCCUAAACAAUACCAGAGCAGGGGACGAGAAAUUGCAGAGAUAUUCCCUGGAGCUGAACCCUACCAACGUGCACGUCCCCAGCCAGGAGGAGAUAUUGGCAACCCAGAGAAAAGAGGCUGAGGAUUUAUACAAACAAACCCGUAAAAUUAUCCCUCUUCAACAUCCCAGGGGAGUUUCAAAGUCACACAGCAACAGCUCAGAGAGCCAAGAGCCCAAUUCGCCAGCACCUUCAGUGUCACACCAGAAGCACAGUUCUCCUGAAUCACUCAGGAGACAUGAAAAAGGCUCAGCAUUUGCCAGGAGGGUCUCCCCAACAAGAACUCUUCCUUCUCCACCAACUGAAACACAGCUUUUCAGCCCCUCAACACAACACAGACGCUCCCUGCAGGCUUUUAGCAACCCACAACUGAGCUCACCUACCACGCAGAGGAAACCCAGUCCUCCCUCUAGCCCUAGGGUGCCCAGCCCACCCUUGCAGAGGAAGCUGCCCUCUCCACCACCCCAGAGAAAACCCCUCAGCCCUCCUGUGGCACACAAGCAAAACUUGCCAACAGUACACCGGCCACUGGGCUCUGCAGCACACCGCCGAGAUGCAAGCCCCCCUGUGUUCCCCACUGCCCCCUCCCCGCCGACCUCCCCAUCCCACUCCUACAAGGGGUCCAGAGCUGGACUGGAUGCUGGGGAUGAACACCAGCUCUCCUCCUCCAAGAGGGCUAGCAACAUCCGUUCAAUAUUUUGUCCAGCCACCUCUUCCUUGUUUGAAGCCAGACCUUCAGUGGUAGCCACCAAACCCACUGUGGAGGUGAUCAGCCAGCCUGAAGCUUCACCACUUCCCCAAAAGAGCAGUUUGGGUUUCAAGCAGUCUGGAGACCGCAUCAGAAAGCUAUCCCUGAGUGCCAUCAAUCCUCAGCCAUUCGUCAAGAGAAGUUUCUCUGACCGCCGACCAGGGGCCCAAUUUCGUCUUCCAGCUCCCAUAACAUCUGGCAGCGAACCCGCACUUAACCAAGCAAGCUUGGAGGAGAACCCGAGGAAAGCAGGAGAUUCUUGGAACAGCCCUUGUGCUCCUGAAAUCAAAGAGUCCAACAGAUCCUCUUCCCACCCUGAGCUCUACAUCGUGGGCCAGGGGCUGCAGAGGGACUGA